UUGAACAGAGAAAGGAAAUAAUGCUGCUGCAGUACCAACAAGACAGUGAACGUCUCGCUCGUGAGGACCGGGCUAGAGCUCGUGACCAGGAAACUGAGAUGGAGCGUUUAAGGUUAACUACAGUGGUGCGGGGAGCUGAAUUGCAACAAGAGCGUUACAAGUUGGACCUCAUCCAAGAGGGUAAGCUUUCUUCUGGGGUGUCCCCAGCUACUUUUGAUAUAGCUUAUAACUUGAGGUUGUUACCGAAAUUCGAGGAGAAGACUGUAGAUUCUUUUUUUGGACUUUUUGAGCGACUUAGCCAAAGACGACAGUGGUCUGAUUCAGAGAAAACAUUGCUGUUACAGUGUGUGUUAACUGGUAGGGCUCAAGAAGCAUUUUCUGCAUUAAGUAUGGCUGACAGUGAAGAUUAUUUAAGGGUAAAGACUGCAGUGCUAAAAGCUUAUGAGUUGGUGCCUGAGGCCUACCGUCAGCAGUUCAGGAAGCUAAGGAAGUCAGAAGGACAGACCUAUGUGGAACUUGUUCGGGAGCUGAUGAUGAAAUUUAAUCGGUGGGUCACGGCUUCCGAAGUAGUACAUCUUAAUGAUUUGAGGGAACUGUUCCUUCUUGAACAAUUAAAAGAUAUUCUUCCAGAACGUGUUGCUACGUACCUGAAUGAGAAUAAGGUUAAAAAUGUAACAGACGCCGGAGUGUUAGCUGAUGAAUACACGUUAACACACAAGAUUCAUUCAGGGGAGAGAUUUGACUGGGGGAGCAGAGAUAACUGGUCUGGUGACCCCAGAUGUAAAGUAGAUCCAAGUACUUGCUACUUUUGUUUGGGUAAAGGACACCAGAAAAAGGAAUGCCCAGUACUUGCAAAAACCAAGGGAUUCCAAAAUGUUCAGUUUCCCAGGCCUGUUGCCCUUGCAGCUUCUCCCCACAAGGUUACUAGGGAUGACGCUAUAGCUGCGGUUAAACUCUAUACUACCCCGCAACCAGUUGCUGCUGCGGUUUCUAACUACGGACCAGCCCUGCAAGAGGUGAAGCCUCGCCCCUCCCAGUUGGCAGAUGAAAUUGAUCCAGGGUAUGCCCCUUUCAUACGAGAGGGUUAUGUGUCUUUGCAAGGAAGUGAAAAAAAAUUCCUUGUUAAGAUACUGAGAGACACAGGUGCUAUCGAUUCAUACAUAACUGAGGGUGUUCUUCCAUUUUCCUCGGUAACUGACACUGGAAGUGGUGUAUUGUUCAAGGGAAUGGGGAUGCAGUUGCUGUCUGCUCCAAAGCAUCGGUUGGUGUUGUCCUGUGAUUUACGGCAGGGUGAGGUUGCCAUGGGAGUCCGGCCAUCUUUGCUUGUUCCGGCAGUGGCAGUCAUCCUCGGAAAUGACUUGGCUGGCGGCAGAGUGUGGCCUGAUGUGCCUCUUUCACCAGUGGUGUCCUCUAAGCCAGUGAGGGGCGAGCUUGCUGACCCUGAGAAGAAGCUGACAAAGUGAAUUGGCAAAGAAGCAGCAGGAGGAUCCAACUGUGCAGGAGCUUUUGUCCCAGGUUCACCCCAGUGUACUAGUCCCACUGAGGAAAGUCAUCACCAAAGAGUCCGGCGUGCAGGUGAAUGUCAAAGUGGAUAAAACCGUGCAGUGCUCGCUGGGUCCUAAAACGCUGUUCUGCUCAGAGGGAGUGCCCCUGUCAAAGUCCCCCAAGAGCCCGGGGCUGGUUAAAGCAGAGGGGAAGGCCCCGUACUGCACUACACCGGUGAGCCACAUGCGCUUCCUGCGGCCUGUGUCAAUCUACUCCCCCGUGUUUGACCGCAGAAUCUCCAGGAAGAAACUCAGCAAUGCGGAUGAAAGUGAAGGAGAAGCCGACGAAUCCGUGGAUCACGUUGAGUCAGGGCAUGAAUGUGAGAAGGGUGACAGUGGUGAAGAGGACACCGGGAAGGACUUCAAGACAACUUUCCACAGGUCUACAAAGGGGUCCAGCUUUCAGUUCCUGGAGCAGAGGUAUGGCUUUUUCCACUGCAAGAAAUGCAACAUCCGGUGGGAGAGUGAAUAUGUUUGGUGCAUCUCUGGAACCAGUAAGGUGUACUACAAACAGCACUGCCGGAAGUGUCAGGUUGGGUUUAACCCCUACAGGGUGGAGCCCAUCCUCUGCAAGGACUGCUCUCAGACUACCUGCAACUGUGAGAAGAAGCUGCGGCACAUUAACAUGAAGAGGCCUCACCGCCAAGACCUGUGUUGUCGCUGAAAGGGCUCGAGGUUGUCCUGCGACGCCACCUACAGCUUCAAAUGCCUCGUCUGAGCUGCCCUGCAUGUUCGCUCGGGUUUGGAAGCUCCCAUUCCUCAGCAGACAUUCAGUACAUGCCACAAAUGGAAGUUGACUCUCGUAACGGACUUUAAGAUCUUUAUAUAUUCUCCUACCAGCGAGUAGAUGGAGAUCUUUUGGUGGUUUAUUUGAAGCAAUCUCAAAAAAUCUUUGUUUCCCCUAAUUAUCCUGGAGCUUAACUUAAACAUAAACUCUUUUGUAAGGAAAAAUCAAAUAAAUGUAUGUUUCAUGUAGUAGCUGUAAGUAUAAGCUCUGUUAUUUGUUUGGAUGUUUCAGUGUCUUGGGGACACUUCUUUUAUGGGGGGGGGGGGGGGGUGUGACAACCCUGUGGUUGUCCACCAGGUGGUGCUGG